AUGUUGGAUGUGCAAAGGCUCUUUUUGGAGAUCAAAAAGCUUUUGUUUUAUUUCAACCCGCAACAGAUAGUCACUGAUGAGGCUCCAUGCUUUGAUAGUGGAUUGCGAGCUGUCUUUCCGGAAGCGCGGACUAAGCUGCACUACUGGCAUAUCGACCAAACAUUCAAAAGGAGCGCCACCAGAUUAGUUGCGACUCACAUUCGAGGACAUGUAAAGAAAGAUCUCAGCGAACUUUUCCUCAUUGCUGACCUUACUUUGUUUGAGUCACGCUUCGGUAAAGUUCUCGCUUUUCUCGAAAUAGAAAGCCAAACUGGAAUGGUUAAUUACCUUGAGGAGAACAAUUUAGGCAAGACUGCCAGUUGGGCAUCAUUUGCAAACAAAGGUGCCGUGAUGGACACAACGAUAAUUAAGCUGCUAAUCAGAGCUGUGAAGUACUUGGCUGAUUCAGUCGCAAUUAGGGAUCGCCGUCGACUCGCAGCAUCCUCUUUUCGUGUUCAGCAGUCCACUGAAUGUCAUAGAUGGGAGUUGAAAGACUACGAGAGCAGGCCUGGGAAGGUGGAGCGAGUGGCAGAAAUGAAAUGGGAACUUCACGGAAAGGAUAUGACGGAAAAAUACCAAGUGAAAUAUGGAGUUCCGAGCGCAAAUGUUAAUAUACUCGUAAACACUGAAACAGAAGAAGAAGCGGAAACGAUCAAAAGGAUUUAUGAUCCUGUUCUUAAUGAUCAUGAAAACCUCAGUUCACUAAGGUUGAGCUUUACACACGCUCACAAAAUCGAAGUAAAAAGAAGAAAGAAAAGAACAAAGAGUACAAUUAACGAACAGACCAAUCGAGACCGUAUCCCGCAGGUUGGUCCGGCCAAAAGCCUGCAAUUAAGUGACUGGGAGGUGCAAGGGAGGCGGCUACCGAAACGGAAAAGGACUAAGAUAACGACCUGUACUUAUAACGCCCGAACGCUUGCAUCGGACGUGGUCAUUGAAGAUCUGGUGAUGCAAGCCAGGAAGUUUAAAUACGACGUCAUCGGACUGACAGAGACGAGGCAACGCCAUCCACUCAACGCUUUGUAUGAAAAUGGAGAAGGGCUGUUCUUAGGAAAAUGCGACAAUAGAGGAGUUAUUGGAGUUGGUGUCUUCGUCAGCACGAAUAUAGCAGUAAACAUCGGCUCUUUCAAACAACUUACGACUCGAAUCGGAAGACGACGAAGAUGUGGUCCAGCCAGCUUAGAUCAUCUUUAUCGCUUACGCUCCAACAUCAAGCUACUAAGAAGAGGAAGUCGAAGCUUUCUAUAUGGACCUAGAGAAGUUCUACAGAGAAGAUCAUACCUCUACAAGGUCAUAGUUGGUGAUUUCAACGCCAAAAUUGGCCCCAGGACAACGUCUGGAGAACUUAACAUCGAAACUCACGGCCUUCAACGGAAUGAGGAGGGAGAGAGGCUUUCCGAGUUCAUCAUGACGACUAAGACCAUCCAUGGGAACCCGCAAUUCCAGAAGCCCUCCUCUCUACGCUGGACGUGGGAAUCAUCCGGUGGAGGGUAUCAUAAUGAAAUUGACCACAUCAUCGUCAGUAAAAGGUUUUGUCUGACGGAUGUCGCUGUUGUACCAAGGUUUUAUAGGGAUCGGACCAUCGCCUUCUUCCAGGAAGAUUUUCUUUCACACGGAGAGGAGAAAAAGCCGCGAAGUUCACUAAGCGAACUCCCAGAACCAUUAUCUACUGGGAGCUCUUGGCUUCGCUUGUCGGGUUUUGGUAAGAUACCGUCAUGGACAACAUCGACUCCGAAAACUCUAGAGCUGAUAUUGAGACCUUUCGCACGGCUGCGAUUAAGGAAAACCCCAAAGAGAAAAGAAGAAAAGACCCUAGAUGAACAACUACAGCAUCGAGAAGGGGGAUGGAAAAGGUCAUUCACGGCUUCUACACAGAUCUCUUCGACAGCCACGUUCACUUGUCUCCUCACCAUCUGA